AUGAGCCCAAAUACGACGCCGACCUUCGCGGACGCUCGCGGCAUGGACGAUUACGUCAAGUCGAACAACAUCGCGUUCGGAAUGAUGUUGCUUCACAUGGACGCUGAUUACCAUCAUGUAGUUGAUGAUUGCGAGGAGGCAUGGGUCGCUAUGGAGAUUGCGGAAGGCGGCAAUGUGAUGCAUCAUUGCAACGAAAUUCUGAACAUCAGCGCGAAGCCCGCCAUCAUCGGUGCCAAGAUGGAGGACGAAGACGUUGCGACCUACUUGUUGCGCAGCGUACCAAAGAGCUUCGAGAAUGUUAUCAACUUGGAAAUGAGCAGCACGGAACUGCGAUCGCGAGACGUCGUGAAAGUACUUACGAAUGAACACGUCAAGAGGAAAGGCGAGAAGAAGACAUCGGUGAAGACUGAAUACGCGGCCAAGGCGUUCAGUGCCGAUCGUAGCGAUCGCGAGCCUCGUCAGUUCACGUACUGUGGAAAAUUGGGGCACACAGCGGUGAAGUGCUGA